AUGGCGCAUCAGACUGGGGCAGCGAUUAUUGCGCGAGCCCUUCAUGGGCUAGGAGUCGAGGUUAUUUUUGGCCUCGUGGGAAUACCGGUCGUUCAGAUUGCAGAGGAAGCUAUCGCGCUGGGAAUCCGGUUUAUCGCGUUCAGGAACGAACAAGCGGCGAGCUAUGCAGCAACCGCCUAUGGCUAUCUAACAGGUAAACCAGGUGUGUGUUUAGUUGUCGGAGGGCCUGGAGUUCUCCAUGCUAUGGCUGGGAUUGGCAAUGCAUCGGCCAAUGCGUUCCCUUUGCUAUUAUUAGGUGGCUCCAGCGAGACACACCAGGUUACCAAAGGAGCUUUUCAAGAGAUGGAUGCGAUAUCUCUCCUUACCCCUCAUACGAAGAUUGCCAUACGAUGCGGCCUCGAUUCAGUUCCUCAAAGUCUUACAAAUGCAUAUCGAACCUCGUGGUAUGGGAGAGCAGGGCCAAGUUUUGUGGAUCUGCCCGCAGAUGUCAUACAAGGCGAAGGAGAAGAGACAACAACACAUCUCAUACCUGCUCCACCUAAAGCUGCUUCGGACCCAGCCAAGAUAAUAACGGUUGCGGAGCUGCUAAAAUCAGCCAAGGCGCCACUUGUCGUUGUUGGAAAGGGGGCAGCAUAUGCUCAAGCUGAGUCCACCAUUCGACAGCUGAUCGAUCAGACGAAAAUCCCAUUUCUGCCUACACCUAUGGGCAAAGGAGUUCUUCCUGACUCACACCCGUCGAAUACAUCUUCGGCCCGAUCCGCAGCUCUCAAGGGCGCAGAUGUUGUCUUGGUACUUGGUGCAAGACUUAACUGGAUUUUACAUUUUGGGGAAGAACCGAAGUGGAGUUCGGCGGCCAAGAUAUGUCAAGUGGAUAUCUCAGCAGAGGAACUGGGCAAAAAUAAUGGUGAUUCAUCUCUAUCUAUUGUUGGAGAUAUAAAACUGGUUACUCUUCAACUUGCUACAGCCCUUCAAGGGUGGAAGUACGAUACGUCUUCCAACUAUAUCAAAGCUCUUAAAGCGAGCGCGGCCAAAAAUGAGGCUAAAGCUGCAGAGGCAGCUAUUCUGGACAAAGUCCCGAUGACAUAUGCAAGAACUUUUAACAUAAUUAAAGAGACUCUUGAUCGCUUCUCGCGGGUAGACGAGGGUGGUAUUGUCUAUGUAUCAGAGGGCGCCAACACCAUGGAUAUCUCGCGCAGUGUCUUCCCAGUGGAACAUCCCCGAUUACGACUUGAUGCAGGCACCUAUGCAACGAUGGGCGUAGGCUUAGGAUACGCCAUUGCAGCACAUUGUGCCUACAAUCUUCCUUCCCCCGAAGCAGUCUCGGGACCCAAUAUGUCUCGCAAAAAGAUAGUCUGUCUGGAAGGGGACUCCGCAUUUGGCUUCUCAUUGGCAGAAGUUGAGACGAUGGCGAGAUAUGGGAUGGAUAUAUUGAUUUUUGUGAUUAAUAAUGGUGGUGUGUAUCAUGGAGAUAGUGAAGAUUCAGAUAAAUGGUUACAAAUGCAGCAAAAUACUAUCGAUGGUAAAGAGAAGGAUGGGCUGAGGAGCACAAGCUUAGGGUGGGAAGUAGGGUAUGAGAAAAUUGUAGAGAUGUGUGGUGGGAAAGGAUAUCUGGUCCGCACUCCUGCGGAGCUUGCAAAAGCUACGGAAGCCGGGUUCAAGGCGACUGUUCCGGUAAUUGUGAAUGUCAUCAUUGAAGCUGGGCAGGGGAAGAAAUUGGAAUUUGCCUGGCAGAACAAUUCGAAGAAGACAAAGGAGGAGGCUAAGCUGUGA